AUGGAUUUGGUCGCCAGUGUGCGCAAAGAAGGCAGCCGCGGCGGCCGCGGCGACUUCAAAUGGUCCGACGUCCAACAAUCUUCGCAUCGCGAAAAUUACCUAGGUCACUCGGUCAUGGCCCCGGUCGGCCGGUGGCAACAAGGAAAGGAUUUACAAUGGUACGCCCGACCAGACGAGACCGACGGGGACAGAGCCCAACGAGAGCGCGAGGAGAUCCGACGCAUCAAGGAAGCUGAGCAGGAGGCCAUGGCACGCGCAUUGGGUCUCCCUUUACCACCGAAAAGCGACGCCAACGCAAACAUGGUACCGCUUGGUGGGAAGGAGACUCAGGAAGCUAUUCAGGAUACAACGGAAGCCGUUGAACGAGAAAAGAUCAGUCGCGAAGACCACCGGAGACGAAGGACUGAGCGCAGUCGGAGUCCGGGGAGAGAGCGGAGGCACGAUCGUGGCAGUGAUAGGGAGAGGGAACGGGGGAAGGAGCGGAGAUAUCGCAGACAUCGUGAUGAUCGUGAUCGCCAUCGUCGCAGCCAUCGACGCAGAUCAAGGUCGAGGUCCGAGUCGUGGGAGAGGGGAUAUCGGAGACGCUCUCGUUCGAGGAGUCGGGACAGGCGGCGAUACGAUGAUGAGCACCAGCACAAACUACAUCGACACGAAGAUCGUGGUCACUACUCUGAACGACGGGAGAGGGAUUCAGACCGUCGCCGGCGCUGA